AUGGCAACUUCCAUUUUCCUAUUUACAUGCCACUGCAUAUCCUCCGUUUUGCUAUAUAUCCCUUUCCUCUACAUUCUCAACGUAAUUUUAUGCAAAUUCCGGCAAGUUUCCGGCCACGGACCGCCUACCUAUCCCAUAAUUGGAUGCCUGAUUUCAUUCUACAAAAACCAGAAUCGUCUUCUAGAUUGGUAUACUGAGCUGCUUGCAAAAUCAGCAACCAACACCAUUGUUGUGGAACGGCUUGGAGCACGCAGAACUAUUGUUACUGCUAACCCGGAGAACGUUAAAUAUAUGCUCAAAACCAACUUUAAUAAUUUCCCCAAGGGCAAACCUUUCACUGAGAUUCUUGGAGAUUUUCUCGGCUAUGGCAUAUUCAAUGUUGAUGGGGAGCUUUGGCACAUACAACGCAAGUUGGCUAGCCAUGAAUUCACAGCUAAAUCUCUGCGAGAGUUCUUCAUGAUGACAUUAGAAGAAGAAGUAGAUAAAGGGUUGUUGCCGGUUUUGGAGUCACUAGAAGAAACAGGAGAGGUGGUAGACUUGCAAGAAUUGUUGAGACGGCUCGCAUUUAAUAUGAUUUGUAAGGUUUCGUUGGGGAUUGAUCGGUGUUGCUUAGAUCCUUCUCUGCCUGUUUCUCCUCUUGCAAGAGCUUUUGACAUGGCGUCGGAGAUAUGCGCGAGGCGAGGAGCUGCUCCUUUAUUUGUAGUCUGGAAGAUGAAGAGAUGGCUUGGGAUUGGAUCUGAGAAAAGGCUUAAAGAAGCAGUUGAACAAGUCCAUCAAUAUGUGGAAGAGAUUAUUGUUAAUAGAGAGAAGAUGAUAGUUAAAGGAUCAGAAAAUCAGGCUGAAGAUCUUCUCUCUCGGCUCAUAUUGGCUGGCCAUGAAGAGAAGGUGAUAAGAGACAUGAUGAUAAGUUUCAUCAUGGCAGGGAGAGACACCACUUCAGCAGCAAUGACAUGGCUCUUCUGGCUGCUCUCUUGUCACCCAGAUGUAGAAGAAGAGGUAGUGAAAGAGAUACAAUUUACUAAAGAAACAAAGCUAGAUUACGAGUCGUUGAAGGAGUUGAGAAUCUUGAAGGCGUGUCUCUGUGAAUCAAUGAGGCUCUACCCACCAGUAGCCUGGGACUCAAAGCACGCCGUUGUCGACGAUUUGUUGCCGGACAAUACUCCCGUCCGGUCAGGAGACAGGGUGACUUACUUCCCUUAUGGGAUGGGGAGAAUGGAAGCACUGUGGGGCAAGAAUCGGCUAGAAUUCAAACCAGAGAGAUGGUUUCUUGAACCAGAAAAGAGAAGCUCACUGAAGAAGAUGUGUGCUUAUAAAUAUCCAAUCUUUCAGGCAGGACCAAGGGUGUGCCUUGGGAAGGAGAUGGCUUUCAUCCAGAUGAAGUACGUGGUGGCUUCGAUUCUCAGGCAGUACGAAAUAAGACCAGUAAAAUCAGAGCAGCCACCGAUCUUUGUGCCACGGUUAACGGCUCACAUGGCCGGCGGCCUGAAGGUUGUAAUUAGAAAGAGAUAAGCACGUAAGGUUGACUAAAAUUAAAUAGUUGAUUCAACGCUGCAUAUUUUAGAUUUAAAGACGGUGUAACAUAACAUAAAUAUAUAUAUAUUAAAUGCAUAUGGAUAAA